CCCUGCAGGAUCCCGCUCACAGGCACCGGGCAGCACACAGACACUGAGACACAUAGACCAGAGCUACCGAGACUAUUCACGGCUACUCACUAAGUCUACUUGUUGAUUCGCCACCGGAGCAAGGAAGGGAACGGCAGACUGUAUCUGUGUGGUGUUUUUUUUUUUUUUUUAUGAUUAUUUAAACAUGUCGGCACGCGGCACAUGAUGUCUCUGACAACAGCCUCCAACAGAGCCGCGCAGAACUGCACAGCCAUAAGUUUGAUCGCAAUUACUCUUACAAAAUGUUGGUGAUGACUGUACAUAUGAUGAACCAGGGUAUACUAGGGACAUCCACCGGAGAAAAGGACGGACCCUGAUGCGGUCAUCUACUGGACCAUGUCUUCUUAAUCAAAAAGACUGUAUCUUCCAGUCUUUUCAAGUGACGGAGCGUCUUGAGUAAAGAUGAUUCGAGUGGCGACUCGGUCGGCCACCUCGCUGCCGCCGGAUGCGGUGGAGAUCAUCCGGAGCAAGUCCCACUCCCGCCGGGUGAGACUCAACGUGGGGGGGCUCCUCCACGAAGUGCUCUGGAGGACGCUGGACAGGCUACCCCGCACACGACUGGGCAAGCUGAGAGACUGCAACACCCAUGACUCUAUCAUGGAAAUAUGCGACGACUACAACUUGAGUGAUAAUGAAUAUUUUUUCGACAGACAUCCCGGCGCCUUCACGUCGAUCCUAAACUUCUAUCGCACGGGAAAGUUGCACAUGAUGGAGGAAAUGUGCGCCCUGUCGUUUAGCCAAGAGCUGGACUUCUGGGGCAUCGAUGAAAUCUACCUGGAGUCGUGCUGCCAGGCCAGAUACCACCAGAAAAAGGAGCAGAUGAACGAAGAGCUCAAACGAGAGGCCGAGAACAUGAGGGAAAGGGAGGGAGAUGAGUUUGAUAUCACAUGUUGUUCCGAAAAGAGGAGGAAACUUUGGGACCUCUUGGAGAAGCCAAGCUCUUCACUCGCUGCCAAGAUCCUGGCCAUCGUUUCCAUCCUCUUCAUUGUGUUGUCCACCAUUGCCUUGUCUCUGAACACCCUUCCAGAGCUGCAGGACACAGAUGAGUUUGGUCAACUCACAGACAACCCGCAACUGGCCCACGUGGAGGCUGUGUGUAUUGCCUGGUUUACCAUGGAAUAUCUACUCCGCUUCCUCUCCUCCCCUAGCAAGUGGAAGUUCUUUAAAGGUCCGCUGAACGUCAUUGACCUACUGGCCAUCCUGCCAUACUACGUCACCAUCUUCCUGACUGAAUCCAACAAGAGUGUGCUGCAGUUCCAAAACGUCCGCCGUGUGGUUCAGAUCUUCCGCAUCAUGCGUAUCUUGCGUAUCCUGAAGCUUGCUCGUCACUCCACAGGUCUCCAGUCUCUGGGCUUCACCCUGAGGAGAAGCUACAAUGAACUGGGCCUGUUGAUCCUCUUCCUGGCCAUGGGCAUCAUGAUCUUCUCCAGCCUGGUGUUCUUUGCUGAGAAGGACGAGGAUGACACCAAGUUCAAGAGCAUUCCAGCUUCCUUCUGGUGGGCUACUAUUACCAUGACCACAGUAGGCUAUGGAGACAUUUACCCCAAAACACUACUGGGAAAGAUAGUGGGGGGUCUAUGCUGCAUAGCUGGAGUACUGGUGAUUGCUCUGCCUAUCCCCAUCAUUGUGAAUAACUUCUCUGAGUUCUACAAAGAACAAAAGAGGCAGGAGAAAGCCAUCAAACGAAGAGAGGCCCUGGAGAGGGCUAAAAGAAAUGGUAGCAUUGUCUCUAUGAACAUGAAAGAGGCGUUUGCCCGCAGUGUGGAGCUCAUGGAUGUAAUGGUCGACAAAAAUGAAGAUGGCCUGGGAAAGAAAGUGCAUGAUAAUCACGUAUCUCCUGGCUACCAGAAGAGGAAUCUCAAACAAGCGUCAGAUGGCAGCCCCGUCAAGACCCUAGAGUCUAGCUUCCAAGAGAAAGCCAUGCCUGCUGGCUCCCAGUUCCUGAGUGCACAGAAACUGGAGGAAGUAUACAACAAGAUGGCCAAGACCCAGUCACAACCUGACCUAAACAGCAUGGACAACGAACCACCGUGCAAAGGGGUGAGACAGAAAAAUGAGUUUGAGAUGACAACCAUUCCCACUCAACCCAUCUCAGGUACAGUGGAGACGGUGACAGAUAUGAGGAGCAUGUCCAGUAUUGACAGCUUCACUAGCUGUGCACCUGACUUCCCUGAGAGCUCACGCUGUUCCCACAGCUCCGCCAGCAACAUACUGGGGAGGGUCAGCACCAACCCUAACCUGGAGACCACCUUGGAAAAUGAGCAGGAUGGCACAACUACACCUCUGGCAGAAGAAGCCCCUAAGUCUGACAGCCCAAGCAGCCCAGUCAGACGCCGCUCACUCAAGGUCAACUUCAAAUGCGAGGAGGAAGGCGUCCCCUUCAUACCCUCCUCAGCACAGGAGGGUUCAGGGAUAGGGGCCCUCUCAGAUAACUCCUCACUCCAAAGCCCUGAAGUGUCUGUCUACACAACUGCUAGCAGCAGGACACCCAUGAAGAGCCCGGAGAACUUGCUGCAAAGUAUCUUCACAUUCCAUGAUGCAUCCAUCAAUAAGUUCAUUGAUGCUGACACAGAUGAGGAGGAACACCUACAUGAGGGUUCAGGCACCAACCCCUCCCAAAGACUCCUGGGAAAUGUCAGCCCUAAGUUUGGCCAACACUCCGGCUACCAGCCAGGGUCCAACCACAUGGGGGGCCUUCAGAUGAAGCUUGGGAACACCGUGUUGCCAUUAGAUGGACAGGAGAACCACGUGGCUCAGGACAUACAGCCACUUCAGGGAGACAAUAGCAAUGAGUGUGACUAGGGAGAAGAAACAAAUGGGAAAGAAGGAACCAGAAGGGUGAAGAGCAAAUGAAAAGCACAGUAAACUAAGAAAAUUUGGAUCCCCCAAAAUAUAAAUGGCACUGAAAAAUGUUUGCAUAAACCCUUGGAGAACUUUGAUGCAAACUAUCCAUCACAGAAGUGGGAAUAUAGGAAUGAUGCUUUUUGCUCUGUUAUCAAACAUUUUCCUACAAAGUACCACCAAACAAAUAUAAUUUAGCUGAUCUAAGGGGAAAAAGUAAAAAAUUUUUAUUU